AGAACCCGACACAGAGAAAUACGAAAGAAAUGUUUACUCCACAACGUCAUCAAAUAUUCCUCCCUCCGUUAGUUUUGAACUACAUGAAAUAUCAACACGUCCGAGUAGCAAUAACACGACGACGGACAUAAUUUCACACGAACCAGGUGAAACUGACAGUUAUCACUUUGAAACAAGUGAGGUUCCUACUGAAAACAAAACAUUUUACACGAAUCCGACCUCAAGCAAACAAGAUGGAAAUACAGCGGACUGGUCCAGCUUGGCUGCAAUCGAAGAUGAUACAACGGAGAAAGAGACGCAUAAAGUCGUUUCCGUUCGCGUCUCGUCAUCAGUUGCCCUCGGAACAGCACAACAAAGCAAUACAACUGGCCGUGACAACAGAUUCAUUUAUAACACUUUCAUGGAUUCGUUUCCUCACGAUGAAUUCCGUCGUUCAUCGUCUGAGAGCGCUUCACUAGUAACAGAAAAACAGCCCGCAGCGACAGCCGUCCAGCGAAGUCAACUCAGCGUAGAGGAAUCCUCUCCCUCCUCGUCGAUAAUCUCCAUACACCAGGAAAGUUCAUCUUCUAACGUCCAGUCUCGACACGGUACUUUCGACUCUCAAGGCUCAAGUGAACCACCAUUUGAUCCGCAGUCAUCUCCCGUCAGUUACCACACCAGUGUCUCUACAGCUACAUCAAACAGCAGAGUUCAAUUCUACAGGGAACCGCCCAGUUACCACAGAACUGGUACUUCCACAGCAGAGACAGUGCAACGCGCAGUGGUCGCAGAACAACCGCAGCCCCAGAGUCAUGAACAAACGACAAGUGUCUUCCAGAGAGCGGGAGACAGCAGUCCACGCAUGCAGAGUAGUUAUCAAACGAGCAGACCGCAAAGCAAUGUUGAUGCCGACAGGCAAACUGCGAGUCAGCAAAGCGAAGGAGAAAAUAGUCGUAUUCAGAAGAGUUACAUCAAUCAUCAAGAACCUCCAGAAAGGAACUACGAGCUCCCAGAAGAAAACUACGGUACGCCGGAGAGAAGUUAUGGAACUCCAGAGGAGAAUUACGAAGUGGAUGAAGCUGUGAGUGUAAUGACGAACGGAAGAGCCAAUGGAGUUCGGUUUCCGGCUGUAACAACGACAGACCCCUCAUUCAGUUCUCAACAAGGACAGUCAAACGAUCCGAAUUCCAAAUUCGGUUAUGUAGUUGAGGGCAGAAACUUCCGCAAAUACCAAGUGGAAGAGAGGACGCCUGACGGGUUCAUCGUGGGCGAGUAUGGCGUCGUGAGCCACGACGACGGUAGCCUCAGAGGCGUCCGUUACACGGCAGACGGCACCAUUAACCCCAGGGUCAUUUAUGACGCACUUGCCAAGUUCCUCUCUCUGUAAACUCGAAGUGGCAAUUCCGUGCUGCCAAGUUUUCUUGUCUGCAGAAAUCCGGCAUUUCCACGACUCCGAUAUUUAUCUCGUGACCAGGCUCAGAUAGCUGAUAGGGGCAGGGAUUUUUAUCUUCGUCACCGCGUCCACACCUGUGGCCUGCUUCCCCGAGGAACACGAGGCCUGGGAAUAGGAAUCUGACCAUUCGCAUUAGAGUUUAAGUAAUCAUGGAAUAUCUCUACUCCCCCAUACGUUUUCACAGCGUGAUGCUUAAUUAAGCACGGACAUAACUUUACAUUACACCAGUGAUUUUCCAACCUAAUACACACCUGGACACUGGACACAAUUUUUAAUACCUUUCGUGGCAUGGACGACUCUCAUUUUACUACGUUUUACCUACAUGACUGUAGCCUCAUGAGGAACGGAAUUUCCAUCAAAUGAAUUCUGCUAUCUUUAACAAACUCUAAUAAUGUCACAAUUUACAUUAAAAACUACAAAACCGAAUAAUAAACAUACAAAAUUAUCAUCCCCCUACAUAAUAGAAUAGAUAAAAAAUGAAGGAUUGGAACUUCCACUUAAAAACGUAUAAGAGAUUCAAAUAUUUUUACAUUUUAAAACUUAUUGCGAUACUUCGCAAACCAUGUUAUGGAUAUGCUGGGACAUCUCUUGUAAAGCUGUGAUGCAUAGUGACAAACUGGUGCAAAGGUUUCCUGCCUCCUCCAUGCUCAGGAGGGAGUCCAAACCCACGAUAUUAUGAUUACAAAGAUCAUUGGCACUGAUAAGUUUUAAUAGUCUUUGGAAAGACAUUUAUUAUAAUACCACGUCAGUCCUAUAUACAGAGAAUAUUCUUAAUUCUGCUCUAUUUUAAAUCAGAAAUAUCAUUGUAAUAUGAUAUUCUGAAUUAUUUACUAAUGAAGUUCCUUAUCAUUUAAUUACUACGAGUAAUUACCUCCAUUUGUAAUGCACAGUCAAAGUUUGGCGGGAAAUAUUUUUCCUUGUUAAUUGUAUAUUCGUGUUUCGCCAAACAAAUAUGUUUUAAUGUAUACAGCGGUUAUUAUCCAGAAAUUUGGACAAUACUACCAUCAACAGUGAUAAUGCAAGAUAAAAUUUGCUUCUUUUAUUUUAUGAUUCAUACAAAUACAGAAUUAAAAAUACGAGAAAAGUUGCACUGCAGAUAAUGGUAAAUGUUAUGAAGGACAGCCCAUUGCAUCUUUCAUUUUCCUUUUAAGUGUCGUCGCUAUGGAAACUGGAUAAUGACUAAUUCUGUCCAUAUUUUAUAAAGUUUACAAUUGUCUGCAUAAACAAUGAAUGUGACCACAGAUUAUACGAGACGACUUUCUGUGCACUUCAAGUAAGUUCUACAUAAACUUUAGUUAUUAUUUCUCUUACUUUUACAGUAUUUAAUCCUAUAUCUGGAAAUACAUAAAUAAGUCUACGUAGACCCAAUUUAAAAACCAGUGUUAAGUGAAAGAAUAAUUAAUCACCAUAACCACAGCUUCUGUUUACAAAUUGUUAAAAUAAAUAAUUAUCAAUUUGGGGAAUAAACGUAUGGCUUAAGACUUAAUUUAGGGGGGGAGUGCUUUUUAAAACACAUAUAUCAUGCUGCUACAAACGUAGUCUUUCCGUGACGUAACCAUAUAUUUUUAUUCUUAUCUAAAAUAAUUUUUUGUGCUAUUACAAAUUUUUAUUAAAAAUUGCAGACAAUUCGUUUAUCUGCUCCCCUCUAAACGCUACAUAUAUAUAUAAAUAUUUGUGCUUCAUUCUGUUACUUCAUUUAUAAACAUUAUAAUCUUAAUAUAAACAACAAAAAGGUUGAUUGGAAAUUUGAGUGGUUCAGUGGAUCUUCUAUGUGAAUACGUCAGUGUACGAUACAAAUAAUUGUACACCUAAAAAUAAUUCAGUUGGAGCUACAUUUAUCAUACAAAAUGAUGCGUUUGAUCAUCAUCCUUGCAUAGAAUACAGUGUCCUGGUAUCUCAGAAUCCAUUUUCACUGCUUUUUCCACGUCGUCCUGAGUUUCGUCUUUCCAGGAAUUGCUUUUACGCUGGAAACAGACGAAAUAACAUUUCUGGAAGUCCAUAGAUCUGCUGUAUAAUAAACGGUGUUCGUUGGUGACCAUUUGGUUUUAAGGAAUUUUGGGCCUUAUGUUAUAAUAUUUUUGAAUUUGUGUUUUAUGAUAGCCCUUGCGAUGGUAUGGUGAUCAUUUACUGUUAAAGGUUUUUGAGCUUUAUGGGAUGAUAUUAUAACCUUUUCCAUGGUAAUGGUGUUUAGGGAGGCCAAAUAUGUACAUAUACAUAUAUGUAUGUAGUUAGAACAUAUUCGAUAUUGCGGUCAUUAAAUCGUAUUGUACUAUUAAAUUAAUUCAAUUCAAGCAAAGGUAAAUAAUGAUUUUAAAUUUUAUAUGCUGCUUUGUUACGCUUUAAAAUAAAAAGGUGUUUCUUUAAGUACUAAUUUAGAUUUUUCCUUCGUUCUUGAUGGGAAAUUUUCUAGUUUAAAUUUAAUAAAAAUGUGGAAACAGCAGUGAAAAGAAUUCAGCUGUGUUUAGCAGAUCGUGUCAAGAUAUUAGUAACCUUGCUUUCUGAUCUAAAAUCCUGAUACAUGUUUAUCGUUAACACGAUAUUAUGCUUCACGUGCAUUGUGUAUGGGACCAAAUCUUCCUUCUGCUGCUUUCGUGAUGAUUCUUUGCCAUGGCAGUAGCCCUAUCUUUUAACGACUAAGGAUAAGUCGCCCGCCAUAUUGCAGACACUUGUCACGACAGCGCAACCAGUGGGGUGGCUGCAAGAAUUCAUGGUGUACUUUCUAAGACUAAAAUAGCCUGUACCUAGGAACAAGUCUUGCUGGUAUAAUUACAUAACUCUAACAAAUCAGUCGCAUUCCCUUUAUUAAACAACUUAGAUUUCAGUCUUCUGCGUUUUGACAUAGUAUAUUACCGUAAGUGGUUUCGGAUAAAUAUACUAACUCCAUAUUCAGGAUUAAAGUGAAUUGGAGCCUGAAGACAGAGGUAGUAUGUUUGUCCGAAACGCUGGUAACUAACUAGAUAAAAUGAUGUCAAAAGCCAGAAGACCAGAAUUUAAAUUUCUACGGCCGUGGAAACCUCAAACCUCAUGUUUACUAAGUAACCCUUUCUAGUUCUUACACGAAUAUAAAUGAUGUAUGGCAAACAUUGCAUCAGAUUAAAAACGAAACGCGUGGAAAUUUAAGACUGACAUGAAAGCAAAAGUGGCCUAUUUUAAGGCAGUUUUGGCAUUAACCUUAAGUGAUCAGGGAAUACAACUAAACAUUCUCAAGUAAUGGCAGCCAGUCUCCGCGUGAAAAUUCAAACUCUGGACGUAAGCAACAUAAAGCAUAUGUAACGACUACACUAGAACAAUUUCCAAGUGAGUUCACUCGCAAACAACGUUGAAUAAAUUCAUUACAAAAUAAGUCAAUAUCAGAAUCGUUACUUUGACGGGUGUAGUCUUAAAAAUAAAACCUCAAGGGGGUUUCUGGUUGAAAUUAAAACGUAUCACAUUAUGAGGCCAUUCUCGUUAUUUGAUGAUAGAUCUAAAAUUUCAAUACAGAAUUAAUACAUUUAAUAAUUUAGGGAAUUCUUAAUAUUAUAACAAAUAAUUUUGUAUCUUCCUUUCCUCAGAUUUCUAAGGGGCAAACUCUGUACCUUACAUUUUAAGUUCUACGCUCAUAUCCCACUCUUUUCCUUCUGCUAUUCUGUCCACAUUUGACGUUACUGUCUUUAAAAUAAACCCCUGCACUUUAAAAAAACAGAGGAAUGCUACCCUGGUUAAUUUCAAGCAUUUAUCUUUUAUGAAAAAUAAACUACAUUAACACGAAAUUGUUUUGUCAGUGCAUUAUAAGAGUCAUUUUGAUUUUUAUCCCAAUUUCGGGAUUUAUUUGUUCUGCUUACCCUAAAUAUAAUGUUUUACAUACAAUAAUAGAGGUUUUUUAAAAUCAUCUUUAAACAUCCAUACCAUAAGGUUAGAAAUUAAUGUUGUGAAGGCAAAUUUCUGCUUGAGAAUUGCUGAUCUACUAUCAGUGCAUUAACUGAGAGAAGGUAAUGCGACGGACUACAUAUUAACAGCCGGCCUUGCAAGCUUGCAGACGAAGACAGUACUGCUGGAAAAGGCAACGUCACCACGAUCGUCUAAAUAACUGACGCAAUAAUCCAGCGAUUCCCAACCUGUGUUCCGCGAAACCGGCAAUAUUAAAUUUCAAUGAAAAUUAAACAAUAAAUACCUAUAAAUAGGUACCUUGAAAGACCUACGCAUAUGCAACAAGCUAAUACCGAAAUCAGACUUUAAGGUGUGAAAUAAAUUACUCUGACUCAAAACGAGGCCCAAUGGCGAGUUUAUGAGAUCACGAUUAUGAACCUUUGGGUUCCAUACAGACAGGUAACAUCUUGAAUAGCUGAGAAACUAUCAGCGUUUCAAGGAAGACACUGUGAUAUAAUUGCUGAAUGCUAAAUAAAAAUACACUUUAAGGAAUUUUAAGUGGAUCUGAAUAUAUUAAGGCUGGGACAAGCUAAUAACUGUUUUUGACAGAAAUAAAUAUAUUGUAUAUCCGCAAUCGUUUCGCGAACCACAGUUUGGAAAUCACUGACAACUAUCUGCUGCUAAUGGAAGACUAAUGUUAAUUUUGUUGUUCUAUUCUUAAAGUGUAAUAAACUUUGAUAACUUCGGUUAUGUCUUUGAACAAUGUGGCGAACGAAAAUAAAUAAGCUCAUGGAAUACUAACGCA